AUGAGCUCUGACCCUCGCCAAGCAGCUGGGGCGAGCGGAAAAUCCAAACGUCGCUGGACCGAUCCCGACGAGGAUGCUAAAAUGAACGGCCCGGACGAUUCAGCAACUCAGCCGAAGCGGCAGCGUGUGUCGCGUGCAUGCGACAGCUGUCGGUCGAAGAAAGACAAGUGCGACGGCAUUCAACCCGUGUGCUCAACAUGCGCAUCGCUGUGCAGGCCAUGCACCUACAAGGCCAAUCCGAAGAAGCGAGGACUACCGACAGGCUAUAUCCGUUCACUAGAGCUGCUUUGGGGCUUGGUAUUUCAGAAAAUUCAAGGGAGCGAAGAUGUCAUGCGAGCCUUGAUGAGAUCGAUCAACCUUCCCAGCCACCUUGCUACUAUGGGCAAAGAGGCGGAAGGCUCGGAUACUUUACUCUCGUCGUUCAAGAAUAGUACUGUCUUGAGGGAUAUUGAAAGAAUUCUCGUGAUCUUGGAGCAGCCAGAGGAGGAAAGAGACCGCAGUCUACAAGCAUACAGCGAUGGAGACACACCGUUGGAUAUGGAUGGGAUUCUCGCCUCAUCAGAAGCACAGGAAUGGCAAAUACCAGAAGGAUUAGAGGUUCGUGAGGCAUCCCUUUCUGGGGUUUCACCCUCUCGAAUUUCUAUGAUGGGGUCUGCACCGCGGGCUCUACCCUACCGCACCCGAGACUCUGGUGUUCAAACAACCAACACCGACGGGUUUCAGUCACCCACCCUCGCCCUCGCCCUCGCCCUCAAUCCCGAAGACCCCAGAGCGAUUUCGACCACUUCCCCGCUUCAACUUCCGUAUAAUGCCUGGCCGCUUCUUGACAUAUACUUUUCCUAUACGCAAUGUUGGUUUCCAAUAUUAGAGAAGCACGACAUCCUCCGAACUGCCUUCCAGUAUACCGAGGGCGAUGUGUACAUGACCCGCACAUCUCCCGGUUCGGGUGAUCACGCCGCGUUGUGGGCAGUUCUUACCCUUGCCUCGCUACAAGAUGCAUCCAUCACCGCCCAAGAAACCGAUCCACAAGCUAAUCAAGUCAAUCCAUUACAACUAUACAAUGUCGCCCGAAACUUGAUUCCCGUAGAAACCGGUCCUUACGAGGUUGGACAUGUUCAAGCCUUGCUCAUAUUAUCCCUCAUCAAAUUCGGCCAACAGGAAUGGACCGCAGCCUGGAUGCUUGUUGGUCAUUCCGUCCGAAUUGCCCAAACUUUAGGUUUGGAUCAACCUUCAUUCCCCCCAGCCUCCUCAACGCCAUCCGACCAGGGCAAGCAAGUCGGACGGGCGAAACAUGUAUUUUUGGGCUGUUUCGUCCUAGAGACACUGAUUGCCGAACAAACCUCACAGUGCCCCUCAUUACGCAGAGACGACUUAGCGCGGGUGGGUUCCAUCAAUGAGGAUGGAUUGGAAGAAUGGCACCCUUGGGAGGACAUGACUGGUCUCCGACCUACACAAGCAUCCCGGGCUUCUAUGCAUCGAGGGCCACUCCAUGCAUUAAGCACCUUUAACCGUCUUGUUUCUCUUGUCUCUAUCCUGAACGAUCUUUGUUGUUAUAAGCAAGACCCGACCGUGUCUCGAUCGCAACUGGAAUCACUUGAGCUGACUUUGCAACGUUGGGCUGCUGCUCUUCCUCGGAGCUAUCGAGUUGAUUUACAGAGUAGGCCGAUUAAGUUGGCUUCGCCGCAUAUUUUUGGACUCGAGAUGACAUAUCAAAGUAUUGUCGCUUCUUUAAGUCUACAGAUUGCUGCGCGGGAGAGUGAUCAGAACAUCCCCGAGGUGCCACACAAAGCCCGGGCGAUUGAUAGCUCGAACCGGUUGAUACACUGUCUUCAGGUCUACUUUGAGACAUACAGUCUGUCUGCAACCACUCCUGUAUUUGGCAUGCUUUUGAAAUACUGCCUCCCUCGUAUCUUUACUCGUGAUCUUGUAUCAGAUAUGGAAUUGGGACUGCGAAACAAAAUUCAUUCGCUAUCGUCUCACCUCGUACAUCUCUGGUCUGUGUCCGAUCGACCAGCUUCUGGUCUGGCUACUAUCGAACGAAACCAGGGACCGAUGACAACCCCACCUAUAUCUCAUCAACAACAUCUUUUGGCGAAUGAAGACCCAUCAUUGGGCCAUGUCCUACCACCCACAAGUACCCCUCACCAUCCCGGUGGGUCAGAAGGACAUGCACCUGGCUCUGCUCAUCCUACAUCCACACCCGACCCCUUCCUCUCCACCCCUUGGCUCAGACCCACGCCAAAUACCGAUGAUGGUUCAUCAAUCUUGCCUACACCUACACCAUCCUUGACCACUGUUGGCGGGGCCUCCGAGAUAUCCGCACAACCAAGUCAAUUAGAUGGAGGAUUGGGCAGUGGCCUCCGUCAGUCUACGUCUGCUCCUUCAAAAUCCCACCUUGGCCCAGCCAUGAUUCCCGACCUCGCCCCUCAAUUCCCACCAGGCACACAAUACCACGCACCUUAUCAAGACCCAUCUCUUGGCCUUGGCCCCUUUGUCGACAUGGAUGGAUACGGCCCAUCACGCCGACAACAACGAAUCGCGCCCGACCUAGAUGCACUAUUUGACGAACUGGCAUCGUUGGAUGGUGCUGAAAAGCCCGACAAUCAACCAGAGUUCAUGCAGAAUCUAGGUUUCGUAUCCGAUUCAGGGGUUCCAGAGCUAUACUCGUUCUCGACUCAAAUUGAGCCGUUCAUGUUGGCCCAAACACAACAAAUGCCGACCAAUGGACCCUCAUCGGAAGUUCGAAGGGAGUCACAGUCACUCAGCAUGUCAGGAACACCCAAAAGAUGA